AUGGGUGAAAAAGAGAAAGAGAAAGAGAAAGGAAGGGGGAAAGGGAAGGCUCGCACAGCGCGGCUCGACGCCGUUGCCGGUGGCCGGCGUGGCUCGACCCGCCGCAUCGGGAAGGCCGGCUGCGACUCUCUGCUCUCUCUCACGCUCUCUGUUGAAGGAGAUGGGGAGAAACAGAGAAAGGGGAAGGAAGAGCACACCCGCGCGACGCGGUGGCGCGGUGGCGCGAUGGCUUUCGUCGCCGGCGACCGGCGUGACCGGACCGACAGGCAGAGCCGCCGCGGCGGAGAGAACGAGGCGAGCGGAUGCUUUCAUUUGAUGAGUUGCCUAAAAAAAGUUCCGACACUCAGAGGUGACAACCACACUGAGUGGAGGAAGAAAGUUGAACUGGCGUUUGUUUGUGCUGAUCUUGACUGGGUUGUGGAGAAACCACAGCCGGUCAGACCCACAGAGCCAGUAAGAGAGGCUACUGACGAUGAUGCUGCAUGGGCUAAAAAGAAAGGGGACUAUGCUCCUUUGGAGCAGUCCUACCUCAUAGAUAAUCAAAAGUGGGUCAAUGCAAAUAAAAAAUGCAUGGCUUUUAUAAAGAACACCAUUGAGAGCGCCAUUGUUGGCUCCAUUGCAGAGUGCACUUCCGCAGGGGAGUUGCUCUCAAAGAUAAAGAGCCAGUUCACUGGCUCUUCAAAGAUAUAUGCCACCCAGGUGUUAGAGCAACUGGUGACAGAAAAAUACACAGGUGGCAGUCAUGGCAUAAGAGAGCACAUCCUCAGGAUGAGCAAUAUGGCAGCAAAGCUCAAACCCAUGGAUGCGGAUCUGGAGAUCAAACCAGCGCUCCUGGUCCACCUUGUCAUGGCUUCAUUGCCGAAGGAGUUUGAAGCUUUUGUAGUGAACUAUAAUAUGUCACCUGGAACAUGGGACGUAGAAAAGACAAUAGCAAUGUGUGUUCAAGAAGAGGAGAGACUAAAAGCCGCACAUGGUGGUACACUCAACUAUGUGCAUGGUCACAAAAGAAAGAAUUAUAAUGUAAACAACAAAAGUUCUCCUUCAAAGCCACAAGGAAAAGUUUCCUAUCAGCAUCAGCGUCAGCAACAGCCUUUCUCAGUGGACAAAGACACUUGUCUCCACUGUAAGAAGACCGGGCAUUACAAGAAAGACUGUCUCGUUUGGCUAAAGUCGAUCAUGGCAAAAAGAGGGAUUCCAUUCGACGCGGACUACGCUAAGAAGCGAAAGACGCAUUGAAGUGGCGAACGGAAUCGAAG